GGAGCCGAGCCGGAGGCCUUUUGAACUCUUCCGGCCACCGUCGCGGGUCCUUUCCGCGGCUUCUACUUCUGCGCCUGCGCGCUGCUGGAACGCCGUCCAUUUCUGUAUCAGUUAGGGAGGACGUUAGGUUUGAGGUUGGUGUUGAGGAGAAUAACUACCAUGACUUCCAGUGCUUUGACGAAACCUCAGAUGCGAGGCCUUCUGGCCAAGCGUCUGCGAUUUCAUAUUGUUGGAGCGUUCGCUGUAUCCCUGGGGGUUGCAGCUUUCUAUAAGUUUGCUGUGGCCGAACCAAGAAAGAAGGCAUAUGCAGAUUUCUACAGAAAUUAUGAUUCCAUGAAAGAUUUUGAGGAGAUGAAGAAGGCUGGUAUCUUUCAGAGUGCAAAGUGAUUUGGGAAUGUAAAGAAUUUCUUUGGGUUGAGUUCCAUUGAAGUCUGUCACUGACCUGUGUUCUGAACUAUGAAACACGAAUACUGGCUUAUGGAAUAGUUUGUCUUGAUAAAUAAACAACUAACAAAUAC